AUGCACACAAAAGAAAAGGAACCAUAUUAUGGAGGGGAAAGGCGAAGAUAUGCAUCAAGAAGCCGAGAAAAUGUAAGAGAUCGCAGUGCGGGUCGAGAAAAUGUAAGAGAUCGAAGUGUGGGUCGAGAAAAUGUAAGAGAUCGAAGUGUGGGUCGAGAAAAUGUAAGAGAUCGAAAUGGAGGCCGAGAAAAUUAUAGGAUACCUCAUGAUGAUAAUUAUAAUAAAAGAUAUGAAGGUGGAAAUGUAGAUAGAAAUAGAAAUAAUUCCAAAGAUAGAAAAUAUUAUAAUAAUGCACCCCCACAUAACGACCAUCAUAAUUAUCCUCGGGAUCGGUUUUAUAAUAGAUCCCCUAAAAGAAACUUUUCAAAAGAAAGAAAUUAUGAAAAAAAUUAUGAAAAAAAUUAUGAAAAAAAUUAUGAAAAAAACUAUGACAGAAAUUAUGACAAAAAUUAUGACAAAAAUUAUGACAGAAAUUAUGACAGAAAUUAUGACAAAUAUAAUGACAAAUAUAAUGACAAAUAUAAUGACAAAUAUAAUGACAAAUAUAGAUAUGAUAGGGGGCAUAACCAUGAAUGGAAUAAUAACAAACAUGGAGGAAGUUAUUAUCACAAUAAUACUUAUAGAGUACGAAAUGAUAGAAUAGAUACGAAAAGAUAUUCUAUAGAUCGAGAUAGAGGAAGGGGAGAAUAUGAUAGACAUCAUAAUAAUAUGAAUAUUGGAAUAAUGAGGAGAGAAAGAUCAAAAGAAAUGAGAAGUCAUGCUUAUAAAAAAGGAGAUCCAUGUAAAAUAUUUGUAGGAAAUAUAUCUCCAGAUGCAAGAGAAGAAGAAGUUAGAAAAAAAUUUUCCAAAUAUGGUGAUAUUAUUAAUAUUCAAUGGAAAAGAAGAUUUGCAUUUAUAGAAUAUUCAAAACCAGUAUAUGCAGAAAAUGCAAUAAGUGGAGAAAAUGGGAAACAUUAUAUGGGGGAAGAGUUAAGCGUACAAGCACAUCAUUUAAGCCCGUUUAAAAAUAAUUAUAAUAAUAGUUAUGGGAAUGUAUAUAAUAAUUAUAGAAAUGAUCCAAGAAAUUAUGAAAAUAAAUAUUCCCGAAAUUAUUCAGAUAAUAAAUUUGAAUCAAUUGAAAAAAAAAAUUCAUUAAGAAUUGUAGUAAAAAAUAUAGAUGAAAAAGUGAGUUGGCAAGAUUUAAAAGAUUUUGGUCGAGAAGUUGGGUUAGUAAAUUAUGCAAAUGUUGUAUAUAACAAUAAUGGUAAUAAUAAAGAAUAUUAUGGAAUAAUAGAAUAUUAUAAUUAUGAAACAAUGAAAAGAGCUAUUGAUGUUUUAAAUGGAAAAAAAUUUAAUGGGGUUCCAGUUGAAGUAGUUAAAUAUACAGAUUCUUUAGUUAGUUCAUUUUAUAAAAAUAAAGAAAAAGAAAAUGAUCAUCAUUAUUAUAAUAAUAAAGAUAAAGGAUAUAAUCAUCAGGGUUCAGGAGGAGAUAAAAUACAUCGUGAUGGUAAUAGUUUAGAUCGAGAAAAAUAUCGAAAUGAUAAAAAUUAUGAAAAAAAUAAAAUAAAUAAAGAUGAUGAUAUGUCAGGAUAUAAUAGAUAUAGUAAUAGUGUUAGUAAUCAUAGACAACAUGAUGAAGGAAAUUAUACGAGAAAAAGAGGAAAUAAUAAAAGUGAAGAUAUUGAUCGAGAUAGAAAAGAAAAGGAAUAUAAUGAUGGUGAUGAAGGGAAAGAUUAUCAUAGAAGAAGUUUAGGAGAAGGUCAAGAUAAUAAUUUUUCAGAUAGAGAAGAUUCAAAAAAAAUAAGAAAAACAGAAUCUACUAGAUAUGGAAGAAAUAAUAAAACAGAAAAUCAAUAUAAUUCGAAAAAAAUAAAAGAUGAAGAAUAUUCAAUAGAAAAAGAAGAAAAUGUUAAAGGAGAAGACAGUACAAGAGAUGAAGAACAUGGAUAUAAAAGUGAUAGAGAAAAUAUAUACUCAGGUGAUGAUAAAGAUCAAGAUUAUAGAAAGCGAAGUAACAAUAGAAGUGCUGAAAAAAGUCCAAGUUCUAAUUCAAAAAGAAAACCAUAUAAAAGAAAUACAAAUAGAAAAAAUAAUAAAACAUCAGAUGAAUAUUCACCAAAAGAUGAUAGAGAUGUUAUUUAUGAUGAUAAUACAAAUACUGAAAAGUGA